UUAGUCCCUUCAUUACGAGCCUUUUAUUUUAACCAACUGUGAAUCUAAGAAAACACCAUACACAUCAUAAAUUUGUUUUUCACCGGUUGCACUAUUCGUACUCUUGUCAGAAAAUAAGUUUAUCUAAAUAAUAAUAGCAACUAACAUCCGCAAAACCAACAAAAGCAACUCAACAAGCUAACGACACAACAGCAACAAAACUUCCUCAUAUCCGGUUUUUUGUGUGUGAUCAAUAAAUCAGGUCGAUGCUAUGGGAGGGGAAUCAUAGAAUUUGCUUAAGAGUGGGGAAUCAUUCGUUAGCAGUAGAGAAGGCACAUUCGUAUGUAACGACAACGAUUAAAUACUUUUUCGUAUCGUCUUGUACUUUGGAAUCAGUAUAGAAAAUACCACGAAAUUCUCCCACUUUAAUGGGCUUAACACAAACAAAGUCUGGUGAUUCUUAUGAUGUCAUCAGAGGAGGACGCAGACAGUUUCGGUUUGUACGGAGAUAAGUUACUAAAGAAAGCAAAACGAGCCAGACAGCGCGUAGACGCGGGUGAACCAAGAAAUAGUUAUUCAUCGAUUCCGAAUUUCAGUUCAAGACCUUCACUCAUGAGCGGCGGUCUGUAUGGGGCUAUUUAUAGCCAAAAUCAGCAACAACAUAACUUCGGUUUAUUUAAUACAAGUGGUUACGGAACAUCGACGUCAAAAAUGUUAAACGAAUUAUUAGCACGGCAAGUAAAACAAGCUCAAGAUGCUGGUGGACCCGAAACAAAUAUGAUGCUUUCACCAAUGGAAGGUGCUUCUAAUUCGGAUGGUAGCAAACACGGUUUUGAAAAUUCAUCGCCAAUUAUAAGACGAACGAGCAGUGGUGGUAUCGAUAUGGAUGAUGCAACGGUACAGCCAAACGACUUGGAAAAACUUCACAUGUUGCGAAAUAUUUUACAAGGGAAAAAAGAACUAAUGGCAUUACAUGAUCAUGAACUCAGGGCGGCUGCUGCUGCCUCGGCUGCUAGCAUGAAUAAUUCGAUCGAAAGAGCAUCGCCGGAUAACAAUAAUAGCAUAAGUAAAAAUAACAACACGAAUAGUAACAACAAUAUUGUGAAACAAGAAGUGAAUAUAAAAAGUGAAACAUUAGGAAAUGGUGGAAGUGAUGCGAAUGAUACUAGUGAAAUGAAUGUUAACAAUAGAGUGAAUCAAAUAAAUGAUGAUGUGUCACGUCAUGUGGACAAUGGUGAAGACAUAACAGAAAGUCGACAAGAGACCAGUAUAUCUGGCGACUUAAAUAAAACACUCAAUGACAAUAUUAUAGACGAUGAAAUGAUUUGUUUGAACUCACGUUCUGAUUCCGAAAAUUCGAUGCCGUCUUCGCCUGGUUCCGAUUUGAUUGGAUCAAAGGACGAUAUGGACAUUGAAAUGCAUUUGGACAAAAAUAAUUCCUCACCGAUUCCACAGAGCCUAAAAACUGAGCCAGUUGCAUUGGAUAUGAAACGAGCUCGUGUCGAAAACAUUGUAAAUACGAUGCGAUCCAGUCCGAUUCUUCCAUCGCAACAGCAUUCACAAGUGAAUGGAUGCAAAAAGCGAAAAUUAUAUCAGCCACAACAGCACGAUGCUGAACGUUAUGCCGGUUUGAAUUUUAAUUUAAAUCUACAGGGGCUGAUGUUUGGUGAUGGUGAAGACGAUGAUGACGAUGAACAGCCGCCUGUACAACAGAAACGCGUUGAAAAAAGUGCACUAGAAUCAGAGCUGCGUUCACUUCAAGAAAAAUUGGCUGAAAUGCAACAAAAGUAUGUGCAAUUAUGUACGAUAGUAAAUGAACAUUCGGAUGCGCCCGAAUCACAGGAGAUUGAUGAUGGCAAUAGUGAUACAUUUGAACCGGUCGAAAAUAAAAAGGAGACGACCGAAAAGCAACAAACACGGUGUUCGGUUUCAUCAUCGCCGACCAUAUCACCCAUGAAAGAUUUGUCACUGAAUUCAAAAGUGUCAAAUGCUUCGAAUAUGAUGUUAACACAAGUCAUGGGCAAAAUGAUUUCGUCAAAACUACAUAAUCCAGCUCAAUUAGCACCAAACUUUAAUGGAACACAUCCGCUUCUGCAGCACAUUAACAUGACCCAUAAUUCGCAUGAGCAUGCAUUACAACAAAUGCAACACAAUCAACAACAACAACAAAAUGCAUUAAAUACGGCUGCGAUGUACUUUGGAAUGAAUCCAAAAUUCUUCCUCGAACAAGAGGUACGAAAUAACAAAGAAACAUCAGAACAAAAGCAGCAAUCUCAACAACGUGAAAGUGUAUCACAGCAAUUGGAACGCGAGCGUCAACAACAAAAUUCAAAUCAAACGACCGGCCAUUCAUCGUUACAAUUAAAACAGGCUCAAAUGCAACAACAGGAACGCGAACGUCCGAUGCAAAAUUCAAAUCAAGGUCAAACACAUUCGCCACAACAAAAGGAAUGUUCACAAUCGCAACGAACACAAGAUCAAUCCACAAAUUCACAUGGACAACAAUCACAGGGUGCACUGCAAUCUCAGCAGCAGCAAAAUUCAUUUUCUCUCAAUUCAAAAAUGGCACACACAUCAGAAUUAAGCGAGCGUCUGAAUAUCGGACGAUCAAAUACAAAUUCAGUUGGACCAGUAUCAGGUACCGAUCUUGAAGGUUUGGCUGAUGUGCUGAAAAGUGAAAUAACUGCAUCGCUGUCGAAUUUAGUUGAUUCGAUUGUAACAAGGUUCGUGCACCAAAGACGGUUUCUAAAUAAACAAUCGGAAGCAGCCGCUGCAGCUGCCGAACAGCUAAAUAAGGAUCUUAUGAUGGCAACACAACUACUUGAUCGUAAAUCGCCACGCACGAAAGUUGCUGAACGAUCAUCCAACGUACAAACAGCGGCUAUGUUCCAAACGCCAAAGCCACCGCAAGUUAUAAAUCCGGUUGCAGCCGCCGCACUCUACAAUUCAAUGAAUGUGUUGGGCGGUCAAGUGAAUCAAUUUUGCAUGCCAGAAUCACGUGAUACAAAUCCAGAGCAAAACGAAGCACUUAGUUUGGUAGUACAACCGAAAAAGAAACGGCACAAGGUCACUGAUACACGAAUCACACCACGCACAGUUAGCCGAAUUUUAGCUCAAGAUGGAAUUGGGCCCACGGGAAAUCAACAACAAAUUGAUACGAACACAAACAUGAAUAACAACAAUAACAACAACAGUACGAACGGCAAAGGAUCGGUUGCUUCAGAGCUAAAAAAUUAUUUCAAUUUAGUUAUGAAUACAUCGACGACGACACCAUCAGAAAGCCCAUCACCGCGAUCGUCAUAUCAUGGUGGACCACCGGCAUCAUCAAUGUUACAAGCAUUAUCAACGUCGGUUGCAAUACCAAAUCCAUCACUACAUGAAUCACAAGUAUUCUCGCCGUAUAGUCCAUUCUUUAAUCAUCACAAUGGGCCACAUGCACCGCAACAGGCUCAACUUCAUCAUAUUAAAAUGCCAGCAAGUCCACCUGGUUUUGCUGGUAUUAUGGAUCCACGUGAUUCACCGCCACUACCUCAUCCACCAACGAUGUUGCAUCCAGCUUUACUAGUUCCACCACCACAAGAUUAUGCUCAUAUUCGAGCAACAAUGGACAGUAAUGAUCGUAACUCGGAUUCAGCAGAUAAUUAUGAUGGACUCCAACCUACUAUAUCCUUUUCAAAUGACAGAAAAAGAGAUAAAAAUGACAAACCCAAAAAAAUCAAACAAUUUAUUAGAAAACAACAAAUGCUUUCCUUGACUUCCGUGAACUCGUCAACAUUGACUCCGAUGCAUCUACGCAAAGCGAAACUGAUGUUCUUCUGGGUGCGAUAUCCCAGUUCGGCCGUACUAAAGAUGUACUUCCCAGACAUCAAAUUUAACAAAAACAACACAGCCCAGUUGGUCAAAUGGUUUUCAAACUUUCGUGAAUUUUACUACAUUCAAAUGGAAAAGUAUGCUCGACAGGCAGUUAGUGAAGGAAUUAAGAGCCCAGAAGAUUUACAUAUUAGUGGCGAUAGUGAAAUUUAUAGGGUGCUCAAUUUACACUACAAUCGAAAUAAUCACAUCGAGGUACCUCAUCGAUUCCGCGAAGUUGUUGAACAAACGUUGCGUGAAUUUUUCCGUUCCAUUCAAAGUGGCAAGGAUACCGAGCAAUCAUGGAAAAAAUCAAUUUACAAGGUUAUUUCCCGCAUGGACGAUUCAGUUCCCGAAUAUUUCAAAUCUCCGAAUUUCUUGGAGCAACUGGAAUAAAAGACCACACAUGACAUAUACAUAGACACACCGAGAAGAAAUAAGAAACAAUCAACUAUUCAAAACAAAUUAAACAAAUCUAAGACAGAAACUAAAUAUGAAAUAAAAUGAUAAUGUAUGAAAAUGAAAUGAGUAUAAUGCACCGAUAUAAAUGUGAACUGGAAAACAUUCAGAUCUAUUCUCACUUAUCUGCCAGAUAAUUUCGAUUUGUUUGGAUCUUUUUGUGAAUCAUAUUAUUUAUAAAUAGAAAAAAAAACAACAAAAUAUGGAAAUUUGCUCUUUAGCACAUUAGCUGCUACAUUUGUGUUUUAUUGGUCUUAUAAGUGAAAUUCGAUUCAAUGCAUCAUUUGGCCAUAAAAAUGUUAAAUCUGCGGCAUAAAUUCUCUACAUAAUUUUGAUUUAAUUAGUAUCUUAAAAAAAAUAAUGUAUUUCACAAAAUACAUGUACUUCGUUUAUAUCACACACACACAAAAAUGGUAUUUCAGUGAGGUUCAUUCAAACUACGCAGAGUAAAUGAACGAGAAAAUGAGAUAAAGUAAAUUUACAAUUUACACUUCAAAGUAUGCACGCAAAAUUGAAUGAAAAACACACAAAAUAUAAAAUUUAAAUUUAAAAUCCAAUGAAUAGAGUUUGAUAAAAUACUACACUUAAUUUAAACAAAAAAAGUGGAUGAUUAACAAAUAUUCUACUAACAAAUUUAGACAUGAUACAAGAAGUACGAAACAUUAAAAGAAAAAAAAAACAUAACAAUUUAAACAAGAAAAAAAUAAACAAUGUUUGUGGUUCCUAUAUAAAAUAUAGUGCGCUUUGGUCCAUUGAAGCGACUACCAAAUUACUAAUUUCAAGUUAUAUAUGUGUAUUUAGAUGAUUUAAUUUUCAAUCAUUUGGAUACAAAAAAAUGUAAUCAAUAACAGAGGUGGAUAUGUCAAGAAUUUCUUUCAUAUUUACUCUCUAUGAUAAUGACUAUAGACAAAAAAACACAAAAUUAUUUUGAUCUGGAUGCAAAACAAAAAAAGAAAAAACGUAUGCGAAAACAAUUACACAAUUCACUGAAAACAUUUUACUUUUCUUUAGAUUGAAAAUCGAACAAUUGCUUUUCGAAAACACACAUGAAAAGUUCUAACCAAAGAAGAAACGUGUAUUUUUUUUUUUUCAUUUGUCUUGAAAUCAUAUUAUAAAAUUUACAUUAUGAAAAAAAGAUGAAAAAAAAAAAACAAAUUAAAUUAGAAGUAUUAUAUUGUAAUAUUAUAUAGGAUAAGUUAAAAAUGGAACGAACAACAAAUGAAGAUUUUUACAAACAAUCACAACAUAAAACGCAAAAAAAAAACGAAAAACAC